AUGCAGUCAUUCUUAACGAUCGCCAGUGUCUUAAUUUUCUUUCACUCUUAUUUGUUCAUUGGCGCCAAGCCGACUGGAACUCUCUUGCCGGGGUCCCCAAGCAAAACUGGCCCUUCGAAGAUUUUCCCUUACCGAAAAUAUGAGGAUUUCCAGAUUUCGGAUGGUGUCGCUGGACAAUCAUUGGAGAAUGCACAAAAGGUGUUCGUUACCCCGUUCGAGGGCAAGUUGUCCGAAAUUACCCAAACAGACCUGAACAACCUUGUGGCUAUGUCAAUCGAAGCUAUACAAAACGAGCAGCGUUUUAACCAAGCCCAAGGCAAAACUGGUGGAUCCAAAAAGAAUGGCAAUCAAGCAUUGGCUGCUGGCAAAACGGCCAACAAAGUUCUCAAAUUAGUCGGUGAAAUCCAGGUUCUCGAGUUACACAAAAAGCUCAACCUCCAACAAUUAGCGGACCCGGAGGCUAGGCUCAAAGAACAUCAAGUCAAACUCGCCAAAAACACCAAGUUGGACCGCGCGAACCGCGGAAAGAAGAUGGUAUCGUUUCUCUCUGUUGGUGCAAGUGGAGAAAAAGAUAAUAAAGAGAAAAAGUCUCACAAAGGAAACAAAUGAUCCGGAAUCGACGAGUUUGAGCGUGCUUGGCGGGCUUCCUCAGGAUUGAGAAAAUAAUUUUCAUUCUUCACUCCAGCAAACCCAAGGAGUAGCCAGAUUGAAGAAGUCUUGCAGAUGUAUAGCAAAGCCUGAUCGAUUUCAUACAUAAAUUAUUCUUACCGAUUCGACAUGUAUGAAUUGAACACCAAAGCAGCUUGUAAAUGUUUCUUCUUCUCCAGACCAGUUGGUGUCAUUUCUUGUGUACUUGUACAAAUCCCCCCAUAAUUUUUGACCAAAAAAACAAGGGUUGAUUGCCCAGUCGCAAUGCCCAGAUGCAGCUUGUAACUCCUCACAUGUGUUUGUAUUCACACCAAUUUGUUCUCCAAGACCAUCCAUACUAGCCAGGUUCAUUCGCUAGGUUCAGCAAAU